AUGCAGGGAGGUAAUGAUAAAGAAAUGAUGGAAGCAGGCAGUAUGAGGCCAGAAAGCGCUAUUGACAUGGUGCAACAACCCAGUGCGGAUAACGCAGGCAAGAAGAAUGGACUCUUCCGCAAGAUGCAAAGCUCCUACGGGGUGGCGUUAUGGCUAAUCUUUUCUCUCGUGGUAGGAUUCCUUGGCGGAUGGUUUGCUGGUGGAGCUGCCACGGCUGCUGGCGAAAUCAGUGAUGGGGCUGCAUCCUCAAUGAUGAAUGAUGUGACUACUACUACCACUACAACUAGUGGUAGUACUAGCAAUACAACAACGGGAUACAACUGCAACUGCACUACGCCCGAGGUAGUCAACAACAACAGCAGCAUCACACAGCCAGAGCCGCCGUCACCCGAUGAUAUUUGUCGAGCGCUGUUUCCGUGGAUGGGGAGGGAAAACACGACUUGUUACAUUGGCGAAUGGUACCAGUGCGUUGAUGCCAAGGGUACGCUGGACAUUAAGUACUUUGACAGGCUCCGGAAAAGUUGCCCAUCCAGGAACGAUUGCGACGACCUCGCCAGUUGCGCGGUUAGCAAGAGCGAAGUCUUCUUCGAAGGACCAUCCGAUGGCACAGUUCCUGACGUUUAUGAUUAUUGCAACAAUGAUGUUGCACAUAGGCACUACCCUGAGGGAGCCUCGGCGGCAACGCGUACUCAUUCGGAAUUGGUCGGGCUUGCAGAGGCAUACUUGGAGGGUGACUACAGCCGUUUGGACUACCGGUGCAAGAAUAAUUACGCCAAGGUAUAA